ACAUAUGCAUUGCACAUGUAGCUGAGUAGCAUCAUCAACAACAUUAUCAUCCCAUACCCGAAGGUGGGAACAGAACAGUACACCAAUCAGUGCCAAAUGUUGCACUCUCAGUGCCACCAUCACCUUCUCUUACCAUUUUCACACCAUAAACCCUUUCUCUCAAUUCCUCCAUCAUCACACCCUCUUCUUUCUUUUCACCACAAACCCACCUUUCACCACUCUGUUUCUGUUUCAGCCAUUCCUCUAUGGCUCGCAGAACUCACCACUGCAACAGAAACAGAGGGCCCCAUCGAACUCCCACUUUCUUCUACUCCUUCCAUUUUUGCCACCACCGAUGAGCCUUCUCCCAUUCAAAUUGCUUCCAGUGUUCUUCUCACUGGUGCUAUCUCUGUCUUCCUCUUUCGCUCCCUUCGCCGCAGGGCUAAACGCGCCAAAGAAUUGCAACUCAGGUCUUCAGGAGAGAAGAAAUCAGUACAGGAAGAAGCAUUGGAUAGCUUGAAAGCUAUCGGGUCAGCUUCAAUAGAUGCUAAGGGUCCACCUUCAGCUGGUGAAGCAUUGUUUGGGGGUAUAUCUGCGGGAAUUAUUGCUCUUAUUCUCUAUAAAUUUGCCACUACCAUAGAGGCAUCUCUAAACCAGCAAACACUCUCAGAUAACUACUCUGUCCGCCAGAUAACAAUCACGAUAAGGACUAUAGUGAAUGGCUUGGCCUACCUUGUGACAUUUGUCUUUGGCUUAAAUUCCCUUGGUUUACUCCUUUAUUCUGGCCAGCUUGCCAUCAAAUCCAUUAUGGGAGAUUCAACUGAAAAGGAAACUGAAAGCAAAAGCAGUGAUCAGUCAAAUUUAACAAAUUCUAUUGACAGUCCCACAGAUAACACUGAAUUGAGCAACCGGAAGGAAGAACAAAUUUCAAAUGAUGCACAAUAGACAUGGUUACUAGGUGUAAUUACAGUGAAGUUAAAAUUAAGAUCAGUAAAUCUUGUCCACUUGUAAAAGGGAUAUAUAAUCCUUGAUAUCCUUUCACUUUUGGAGUAAUGUAGGUGACAAAUGAUCUUUAAUGCAGUUACUAGUCUUGAUAUUGAAUUUUUUGAAAGGUUUAUAGAAGCUCCAUCUUCUCUCCUUUACCCUUUCCAAUUGCCAAAAUUUUGCAGUCUUGUUUGAUUGGAGGGAGAUGAGAACUUGAGAUGACUCAAUCCAUUGAAUGUAACAUAAAGAACAAGUUAUUGAUUUUCAUUUGCUGCAUUCACACUUAAGUGGU